AUGCACUUCCUCUUCAUUGGUGGAACAGGCCGCAACGGCUCUCUAGCUGUUCAAGAGGCUCUAUCUCGUGGCCACACAGUCACAGCCCUCGUCCGCAACACAAACUCGGCUAAACUCCCCUCGCACUCCAACCUCACCCUUGUUCAGGGUACACCAACUUCAGUGUCAGACAUCGUCAAGGGUCUUACAACACCUCAGCCUCCGCAAGUAGUCAUCUCAGCUCUUGCACAGGUCAGAGUCACAGAGUCGCCUUUUGCAGCUCUUCACCCGGACACUACACCUGAUUUCCUAGCUGCGAGCAUGCGUGCUCUGCUUGCCGCUAUUUCUCAAACCAAUAUCUACCCCAAGAUCGUGGUUAACUCAGCUCAAGGCGCUGGAUCAUCCUGGCGCUCUAUGAAUCUCCCGGGAAAGAUGAUCUUCAGCCACGGAAGCAUGGGUAUUGGUCUCAAGGAUCACAACGAGGUUGACCGUUUGGUCAGAGAUAGUGGACUGACUUUUGUUCUUUCUCGACCUGUUAUGCUUGGGGAGGGUGAAGCACAGCCUGUCAAGGUUUGGCCUGAUGAUGGAAAGGGCUGCGCUUGGAUGCCCAAGAUUACUAGGGGGACUGUUGGGAAGUGGCUUGUCGAUGCAGCUGAAAGCAGCGAGUGGGACGAACAAUCCCCUGUUCUUAGCAACUAG